CCCAAACUACCAAGCCCCGCACCACCUCCACCUUAGAGCCGCCCGUUUCUCCAGACACUCAGGGAAGACGGGAAGGAGUUUUCAACAGGUGAGUGGAAGCAACGCGAGGCGAGGAGGCUUGGCUCCGCCCCCUUUUAGCAUGACAGACUUGGAGGCGGAGUGCUUGAGGCUGGAGUGUGGCUCGCCGCCGGAGCUGGCGGAGCCGCUGGCGAUGCUGGCGUGCGUGAAGAGCGAGCCGGAGGACGGCGAGCUGGAGCCCAUCGGCACGGUGGACCUGUCGGAGAUCCAGCCGCUGGCCACCGCUGAGCUGGGCCGCGACAUGAUCAAGAUGGAGAUCAGCGGCCUCGACUACAUCAAGUCGGAGCGCCAUGGCCACCACGGUGACCCCCACCUUGGCCACUUCCACCAUGGUGACUCCGCCGAGCUGGACUACAAGUCGCAGUACGAGCCCAGCUCCGUGUUCGACUACAUCUCCCAGGUGACGGACACUCUGGAGUACAUCAAAUCGGACCACCACAUGGACCUGCAGUGUUACUACGCCACCGAGCUGAGCGCGCUCAAGUGCGAGUACUCCGACGCCAACACCAUAUCGGCGCCCAACGGCCUGGAGUCGAUCCACAUGGCCGAGCUGCGCACCGAGCUCAACAAGCUGCGUCCCGACGCCCUACUGAUGGACCCCGGCGUCGCCAAACUGGAGCCGGAGUUCGGAGCCGCGGCGCUGUACGAGCUGCAGCCAGCCGUGGACGGCAAAACGCCGGCGGAGGGAGGAAGCGAAGGAGGAGGCAGCGUGCUCACGGCGAAGACACAGAGCCCGACGGUGAGGAAGCCUCGCAACAUGCAGGGCGAGAAGCCGUUCUCGUGCACGCAAUGCGGCAAGAACUUCAGCACGCUGGGGAACCUGAAAACGCACCAGCGCAUCCACACGGGCGAGCGGCCCUACAGCUGCUCGCAGUGCGGCAAGAGCUUCGGCCAGGCGGGCAACCUGAAGCGCCACCAGCUGAUCCACACGGGCCAGAAGCCGUACGUGUGCGCCCACUGUCCCAAGGGCUUCACCAAGGCCGACGACCUGCGCUCGCAUCAGCGGCUGCACACCGGCGAGCGCCCGUUCAUCUGCGCCGCCUGCGGGAAGAGCUUCGGCCAGUCGAAGGAGCUGAAGGCGCACCAGCUGAGCCACACGGGUGAGCGGCCGUACUGCUGCCCGCACUGCGGCAAGAGCUUCACCAAGGAGGCGAGCUACCGCAACCACGUGCAGAUCCACACGGGCGAGAAGCCCUUCACCUGCUCGCAGUGCGGGAAGACUUUCAGCAACUCGGGCGUGCUGAAAACCCACGAGAAGAUCCACUCGGGCGAGCGGCCGUUUGGCUGCACGCAGUGCGGGAAGAGCUUCGGCCGCCUCGGACACCUGAAGGCGCACCAGCAGAUUCACACGGGCGAGCGGCCGUACGCCUGCCCGCACUGCGCCAAGACUUUCAGCCAGUCGGGCCACCUCAAAGCACACGAGCAGAUUCACAAGCGGGAGCGGGCGGACUCGGCGAGUGGCAGCGGCGGCGGCGGCAGCAGCAGUAGCAGCAGCGCCAGCAGCACGGUGGGCAGCGACAGCAGCUGAAAACAAACUCUUGUGUUACUAGGGGUGUAAGUUAGAGAUGGCCCGAUACCAUUUAUUCCUUACCGAUGCAGACACCUGAACUUGCGUGCUGUACCAUACCGAGUACAGAUCCAAUACCAGUGUGUUAUAAAAUACAUAUAUUUUCUAAUGUUUUAAGGUAAAGCUACUUUAUUGUUACAUACACAUACAGUACAUGUAACGAAAUUCAUUGUCUGCAUUUAACCCAUCCCUCAAGGGAGCAGUGGGCAGCCAUUCACAGCGCCCAGAUCUGAUCCACUGCCUUGCUCAAGGGCACUGGCUGGAGAACCUAGUACAUGUUUUUUGAUGGUGGGGGAAACCGGAGCACCCGGAGGAAACCCACGCAAAUGUUAUACCCCUGACUAGGGCAAGAAACAACUUGAGUUAAAACAAUAGCGACUGUUCAGCUCUCAAGUCAGUAGUUUAAUGACAGACGCUGGCCAAGAGCUCCCCCUACAGGCUGCACAACAGAAGUGACGUAACUGGCUGCUUUUCCUUUUCUUCUUCUUAUUGCAAUCAAACAAAGAACAACAUAAACACUCAUAACAUUGCAUCUGACAUUACUUUGAAGUGCAUUGUUUUAUACUUUUAUGUAUAGUAUUUACAACACAAACAUGGGGAGAACAUACUAACUCCACACAGAAAGGCCUGGAUUCGAAACUUCUUGCUGUGAGGCCACAGUGCUAACCACUGGGCCACCAUGCUGCAGCUAACUGCUAUAUAUUACUAUCCACGUAUGGAUGUGUUGCUGUCGUCGUCGUACAGUCUUGCUCGGCUUAAACUCUUUGUCAAACAAACAAACGCAUACGGAGUUAUAGAAGUUAUAGAACUCCCUUUGAAAACCAACUCAAUUAACCCGAGAGGACAGCUAUACAUAUACUGCGUCCGGGGUGGGGGGGCUUGGGGUUCAGCGUCUUGCUCAGGGACACUUUGACAUGUGGCCGGAGGAGCCCGGGAUUGAUCCACCAACCUUGGGGUUUAUGGGGCGACCACUCUACCUCCGAGCCUCUCGCCGAUGUCUAGUUUGACGAGGAGUCCUAACGGAAAGGGAACCGGUAUCGGAUCGGUGCGUUAACCUUAGUUGCACAUACCCGCGUUUUAGGCACCGAACAGAUACCACGUUAUUAAGCCCAGAAUAAAAUCUACUUUAAAAUAGAUUGUUUCCGUUAUGACUCGCUGUAAAACUGGAUAAUAAGAGUUCUGUGGCUUAUAUGUUAGUUUAACCCGAGCCAGACCGUCCAACAACGACAGCAAGCCAUCCAUACAGGGAUAGUAGUAUACAGUAGUUUACAUCAGGGGUUCUCAAACCUUUUUCAAUAAUGUACCCCCCCUUUGAAUUAUGUUUUUAUGCCAAGUACCCCCAGACUAGUGCAAAACAUUUUUACAUCUAUAUAAAGAGGAACAAUGCAGUGUCAGCAGUGAUAGAUUUACUAAACAACAACCUCGUAACUGAAAAACAUUUAAAUGCUACUUUUCAAAUGUUCAGAAUCCAUCACUUAAAUUCAUUCAUUAUUUUAGGAAUUAUGCAUGACAUAUUUUUAAAUGAGCAUUUUUGGAAGAAGAUCACGUACUCCAAAGUACCCCCAGGGGUACGCGUACCCCCAUUUGAGAAGCACUGGUUUACAUAGUAAAAUAUGUAUUUUUUUUUUAAACACAUUGGUAUCUUAUCUAGACUUGUUUGUUGACUAUUGUACAAACACGCAAGUUCAGGUAUCGGAAUCUGUAUCUGGAAGGAAGAAAAAGUAUUGGUAUCACCUCUAUCACGAUACCAUAUUAUAUAUUGAUUCUUUGGACAACGAUACCAUAUUUACUGAUAUCUUAAAGUCUGUCAACAACUGAUUUAGAUUCAAUUCGAGCAACUAAACUAAAGUAGGGUUUGUCAGGUUUAUUACUGCCAAAUCCAGACAUUUAAGUAAAAAACAAACUAUUCUUUUGAAUAAAAAAGCAACAAAAGUGGGCAGGCAUGUAGGCAUCUUAUGUAUCGAUAUUUGGACCUUGCAUCGAUGAUAAUAUUGAAUCGAUGUGGUUACACCCCUACUGCCCACCCUUUAACCUCUCGGGAAAACAAAGUAUUAUUCCUCUUUUUUAUAAAUACUAUAUAUAAAGUUUUUUCCUUAUGAAUUUUUCUUACAUUUUCAUACCUUUUUGUGCUCUUUUGCAUCUCAUAUAUAUAUAUAUAUAUAUAUGAUUGUGUGUGGGCAGGGUUGACUGACUGAUUUGCUCUUAUGCAAGUGUCUGUGUGUUUGCGUGUUUGUGUACCGUGUGUCUGAUAACGAGGGGCUUGUAGAUAAUCGAUGAACCGUCGGGACCCAGUCCCAGGACUUCUUCUCGGAGUACUUACUGAUAGACAAGCACAACUGGAGCUCGAUUCUUUUCUUUAAAACGGCUCUGGUUCUGGAAGUGAUUCACCCCCCUCCCCCCGUUCAAUAUCGGCCUUGGCGUUUCAAAAAAUACUUCCUAAGUAUACUACUAACUUUAAGCCUGGAAAGCAAGCCAAGAAGCUCCGAGAAAGAAUCCAGACCAUAAAACAUUUGAUUUGGCGCAAAAGAACAUUUUGAAAAAUGCAGAAAAAGUACAAGACUGUGUACAUAAACGAUCAAAGAAGUAUCCUGAACUUCAGUGCUAGCCGGAGAAAGAAGGGUCACCUUUUUUCCGACUCUUUACCUCCUGUGUUUGGUGCUCUAUUCCGAAGUUUUGGCCGCUUUUUUUCCCCUAUGUUUUUGGCGCAUUUUCCAAAGUGUUAGUCACUUUAAAUGCGAUAGCUGAAAUGUGAAACCUGCGGGGUCCGUACGGAAGACAUUCAGAGACAGAAGUAUGUGAAUAUUUAAAGAUUUCAGGGCUGCAAACUAACCAUAAAACAUUUGAUUUGGCUCAAAAGAACAUUUUGAAAAAGUCAAAAGUACAGAAACUAUCAAAGAAGAAUCCUAAACAUUUUAGUUUGUUACUUUGACGUUUUUUAAAUGUUUUUAGCACUUUUUAAAUGUAUUUUUUUUCGACACUUAACGUUGUUUUGUUACUUAAAAAAAAGUUUCUCAAUCUUUUUUUGACUAAUAGUUGAUGACUAAUGGAUUCAUCUUUGCAGCUCUGGGUUCAUUCGGACUCUUCUGGUUUAGACGUAACGCUGAUUCUUUUCGGGGGGGAAAUUAAUUUGGGGGUGUUAUCUUUCUUCCAGAACCAAACUGUUGAGCUCUAAACUAUAGUGACCAAGUUGGAGUACUAGAACCAGACCAGCAGCUCGUGAGCCAGAGCCCCGUGUACUGAUCAUAAAGAUUACAGCCAGGGAUGCGUUGGGCUAGCGUUAGCUGCUGCCAAUCUGUAGUGUUAACCAGCGUGACAUGCAGCGAUGCUUCUGUUGCCUCUAACGUCCGUCUCAGAGCAUCAGAGGGCAGCCGAGACAUUUAAGUGACAGCGGAUUCUGUAUGGUCAUUCAGUCCUGUAGAUACCGGCCGUUUAGGCACCGGUGCACUUGGGUGUUUCUUAAAGCUGAACUUCAGAGUGAGAACAUGAAGACGAGGGGGAUGAAAAAACUCUGGGAGAGAAGUGGAGAAAAUAUCUAUAUCUAUCUAUCUAUCUCUCCCUCUCUCUCUGAGAGAGGGCUGGGCAAUAUAUCAAUAUUAUAUCGAUAUAUGGGACUGGGCUCCACAAACCCCCGACUCUUUCAAAAAGAGCCUGAAAACCUCUCUUUUUAAGUAAGCGUUCUGUACAUUUUGGUUGGGUCUAGAAGGGAUACAGCUACGGCUCGGGAAGAUCUGCAAAAUCUCACAAAAUCUAGACUGAUGUAGUCUGUAUCCACGACGUUCCACUUCUGGGAUCGCUCCGGUGCCCUCGGAUGUCCCUCUUUUCUAGGGGGUGACCGUCAGGGGCGCCAAGAGUCCACAACAGUAAAGAAACGUUAAUACAGUAGAUUAAAAAAAUGUCAAACGUGGAAAAUAAAACAAAAACGUUAAAUGGUGUCCAAAAGCCGUCAAAAACCUUGAAAAGAAUCAAAAAUGUCAAAGAAAGCGUCACAUAUCAACAAAUUAACAAAAAUGUUAAGCAUUGAACGACAAAUUCUGAAAGAAGCUUCAAUAACGUUGAAGAAAUGACAAAAAAGGCGAAAAAACAGCUUGAUGUUAAAGUGCCAAAUGUCAAAGGGACACUCACGGAAUGUCAAAAAGGCGACAAAAAAAACGUUGAAAAGUGUCAACGGUUGGAAACCCCCCAACCCUACACCAGUCCGUUUAACACAGCCCACCUCCACGGGCCGGCGAGAGCAGCCUGGUAGCUGGAUAGUCCUGGUUCCGGUACACUGUUGUUCAGGCAUGUUUCCACAACAACAAAAACACAGCAGUCACUGAACUCACGUUGGGAGUUUCGUUGAAGGAGGAUGUAGUCCAGCUUGUUGUUUAAUGACCCAAAAGGGUUAGUGUUAGCAACAUUUUUUGUUGACAUUUUUCACUUUUCACGGUUUUUAAGUUUUAUUCAACAUUGUGUGUUGAUAUUUUGACGCUUUCCUCGACUUUUUUUUUUUUUUUCGUUGCCGCAGGAAAUUCCGCCGGGUGUCCGUCCCCUUCCUCUUCCUUUAUGUUGGCGUUCUAACCUCCGGUGAAACGCUCCGCAUAUGUUGCGCGUUCACUGUAGCCGAAGCGUUAGGGGAAUAUUGGUCUGAAGUUAUAAAAAAAUAAUUUCUUCAUCUUGAGAAUACGGGGUUCUGGUUCCGAGUCCUCUGCAGUUUAAAGUACUUGAAGUACUUUUCAAUCUUCUGCCAAAUGUGUGCGAGUACUUCUGUUUUUUAAAGUACUAUCUGCCAGUUAACUAGUAUUUUACUUCCAGGUAUACGGGGGAACUCACUCCGUUAACUGUGUUGUUUUUAAAAAUCUGAUGCUAUCAUUUUGAUAUGUUUUUUUUAUUGACCCAGUAAGACAUGAAACAUUCCUUCUGGUUGAACUAAAAUCAUUCCAGUUUAAAGUGGUAAAGGACCCGAAGGACCCCUAGGACCCGAAGGAGCCGACCAGCCGAUCGCUCACUGUGUACAAAUCUUUAUUGAUUCUGUCAUUCCUAAUAAAAUGUUAUAAAACUUUAAUAAAAAAAAAAGAAAAGUGAUGCAGCAUCUUGUACUGGAAAAGAAUUAUUAAAGAAACUAAUGACA